AUGAAACUACUAUAUAUAACGUUUUUCAUAACAAGUCUAUCUAAAGUAUUUGCUGAUGAUCCACCACAAAAUCAAAAUGAGAUCUCAACUGUCAAAUCUGAUGUGCUGGAGAUCACAUUACCUGAACCAUUAUCAUCAGAAGAAUUUAAUAAAAUAACGAGUGAAAAACUAACAUUGAUAGAGUUUUAUUCACCAUAUUGUCAUCAUUGUAAGACGUUCUUCCCAACUUGGGAAGAAACAUACAAAUUACUUAAAUCAAAAUAUUCACUGCUUCAAAUAAAUAUGAAUCAAAUUAAUUGUGUAACAAAUGGAGAUAUAUGUGAACAAGAAAAAAUAGAAUUUUACCCAAAUAUGGUACUUUAUUCUCCAAUAUUAGAUUCUAAUAACAAACCUACUGGAAAAUCAAAAGCUGUUGAUACAUUCCCUAGAACACUAACAAAAAAUGUCGAUAACAUUAUUGGUUAUUUACAAGAAUCAGUAGCUGAAUAUGAUCCAAGUAGUGCAUUACCAAGUGUAUCUAAACAAAUGAAUGUUGAUGAAAUGUUAAAAGCUAUAGGUGGGGAAAUUACGAAACCUAUAUUUGUAUCAUUUUGGCAAGCUAAUCAAGAACAAUGGGAUAGUGUUGAAAAUGGUGGUAAAUUAAAAUUUUCAGAUAAUUGUAUUGAUUGUAUGAGAACUAAAAAUGUUUGGGAUAAAUUAGGAAAUAAAAUUGUAUCAAUUUCAGAUACUGGUCAUUUAAUGUGUAAAGAUUUCCCCAUGAUUUGUGAAAAAUUACAAUUAAGUCAAUUUAAAGAUGGUAAAGCAACACCACCUGCAUUUAUUAUGUUUAUGCCCAAAACAGUGGGGGCAAUAAGGUUUGAUUAUGAAGGUGAAAUAGAUGUUGAAAAAAUGAAAAAAUGGGUUAAUAAACUUUAUGUAAAUGCUGCUUUUGAAGUUGUUUCAGCUAGAGGAGUUACUGAAAUUAUGGAAUAUGUUAAAAGUUUACCUCACGAAGCAAUUCCUCAAACUUAUCCAUUGACUAAUAAAGUAACCGUGUUGUUUUUCUUUGAUGUCGAUACCUUGACUCCAGAAGAUGAAGCAAUUUUACCAUAUAUGUUAAAAACAUUACAAGAUUCUCCAUUUAAUAUUCAAUUGUACAAAGCUAAACAUAAAAAGAUUUUGGAGAAUAUUCAAACAAUGGGAGAAAACUUGAUUGAUUAUAUAAAUUUUGAUGACAAGGAAAAAUAUGAAUAUGAUAAAGCAAUGCAAAUUGCAACUACUAUUACAACAUUACCUUCAAUUAUAGUUUUCAAAGAGAAUUCAUUAAUUCCAGAAAUUUAUCAAUCUUUUGCAGUUGAACAAAUGAGAAUUUAUGAUAAGAUUCAAAAUUUUUUAAAAACUGCUCAAUUUCCAUUUAAUGGUGAAUUAACUCCAGAAUUAAUAUCAACUUAUUUUUUAACUAGACCUGAAGAUAUAAAUGAAAUGAAAGAUUCAAAAGUAGUUAUAAUUUUCAUUGACUUAAAGAAUGAAGAUCAAACUAAUCAAGAACUUUAUAAAUUAUCAUUAAUUAAUCACGAAUACAAUUUUCUCAAGAAAAAACACUAUUUCAACAAAAUCCAAAGGGAAAGAGAAAUUAAGAAUGAACAAGUUGAAAAAUUAAAAGCAGAAGAUGCAGAAACAACUAAAAUAUUAUCAAUGAUGAGAAAAGAAGUUCCACAUUUAUUUAAUAAUGAUGAUGUAAUAUUUACAUUCAUAGAUAAGCAAAAACUGAAAAACUUUAAAUAUGUAAAAAAUUGGAAAAUUGAUCCACAAAAUUACGAAGUUGGUGAUGCUCUUGUGGUAUCAAGAGAUAAUAGAUAUUUAUGGAACCAAGAUUUAACAGGUACUAAAUUGAAAAACGAUCCAAAACAAAUUAAAUCGGUAUUAAUGUCAUUAUUACAAAAAGAUGGUAAAUUACCUAUAGGUUUAGUAGGUAGUCCAUAUGGAGGAUAUUUGAACUUUAUGAACUACAUCCAUGAUUUUGGAAUCUGGGGUUAUUUAUUCAUUAUUAUUCUAGUAGGUGUAAUAUCAAAUAUCGGUAUAAAAUCAUUGAAAAAGAGAAGGUAUAGAUCUCAAGGAAUAAUUGGAGUAAAUAAUGGUGCUUUCUUACCUAAAAAAGAUUAA